AUGUUGUUAGGAUCAUUUACAUUAGAUAUACUUGUUAAUGGGUUACCCGUUCCUGAGAUUAGUCAACCUUUGAAUAAUUCAGAAAUUCCUAUUUCUCCUACUGGACCUUCAUAUAUUUUUGAUGAAUCAACUAAUCAAUGGCAUGUUAGUGAUAUUAUCAAUUUGGCAAACGUACAAAAUCCUGCUGGAUCAUAUUUUACUGUUAGAUUUUCUUCAUCAUACGUUUCACCUUGGUAUCCUUUAAUGGCUUAUCUCGUUAUUGAUGGACAAUUGGAUUAUCGUUAUAUAGAAAUUUAUAAUACAGGAUUUUAUUUAAGAGAUCAUUUCGUAUCAUCUGAUAAAUCAAUGAAAUAUUUUUUUAAAUUUAAUAAUAUUAUUAGAUCAAAUUCUAAUAAUAAUAAUGAAAAUAAUGAAAACCAAAUUAAAAAUAAUAAUGAAAAUAAUGAAAACCAAAUUAAAAAUAAUAAUGAAAAUAAUGAAAAUCAAAUUAAAAAUAUUAAUGAAAAUAAUGAAAAUCAAAUUAAAAAUAUUAAUAUUAAUAUUAAAAAAAAAAUGAAAUAUGGAGGAAUUGGUGCUAUAUCAAUUUAUUUUUAUAGAGCUAAACCAGUUAAUGAAAUUUGUGAUGAUAUGCCAAAAUUUGAAAUUAAUCAACAACCUAUUUUAUCUAAUGAUGAAAUCAUUAAAAAUGAUAUUAAUAUUACUUCAUGUUUUGAUAUAAUUUCUAAUCCUUUUGGUAUAAUGAUACCUAAUAUGAAUUAUUUAAAAUCUUUAUAUGAUUUUCCUAUUGGUGUUUUACAUUUACAUUAUAGAAAUUCUUCUUGGUUUAAUUCUUUCAAUUCUUUCAAUGGUGAUGAUCAGAAAAUUCCUCUUUUGAAACCGAUCAAUUCAUAUGAUUCUGAUGGUAAUAUGAUGGCGUUAGUAAAACAAGAAGUUGGUCACGUAUUUAUGAAAAAAGAGUCGAAUGAGACGAAAGAGAUGAAAGAUACGAAAGAGACGAAAGAGGCGAAAGAGACGAAAGAACCGAAGGUGCCUCAGCAGAAAUAUGACGAAUUCAUGACAAUAAAGCAAGAACUUUAUCAAAAGUCAAAGCAGGAAUUAAUUGUAAAACAAGAACCCGAUCAACAAGAUUUUGGUUUUAUCUCUGUAAAACAAGAGAAUCAUUCAUUAAAUAAUAAUAUCUCUAAAGAAAUUAAACAAGAGAUUAUUAAAGAAGAAUCAAAUACUUCAAUCAAAGUUGAACCUAUAGAAAUAAUUACUAAUAUGGAUGUAAAACUACCUAAAAAACCUAAAAAUAUUAAAACAUCAAAUGAUCUUGAACUUCACAAAAAAAAUAAAAAUGGAGGAGAAAUAAAAAAGAAGAAUAAAAAAGACCUUCAUAAUAUAAAGAAAGUAUGCAGACCAAUCAACUCAAAUUUAUUGGUGAAAAAAGAUUAUUAUUAA